AUGCCACGCCUCCUACCAUGGCUAACAAAAGACAAUAUCCGCGGAACUCGUGAUCGCAAAACUCCGACCACAACUCCCAGCGCACAACUGUCUUCGCGACGACGACCUCGUACACCUUCACCAGGCGCAUCGAGCCAUGGCGGCGGUGAUCGCACAAAGAAGCGGGGGACAUCGACCUAUGAUACGCCUUCGAAGGGUGUCGAUUUCUUGAGAUCUUCCCGGAGUCCGCCCACGUCGCCGAUAGCAUCUCCGCCCACUGAAGAAUACAUAAUCCCCGGUUUCGAGCAUGACGACAUGUACAUAAUGGUCGAAGACGAAUUCUACGCCAUCGCGCAACAAUUUMCCCGCCACUUACACCACGCCGAAUACAUUCGUCGUAAAAAGCAGGCCAAAAAGAUGAACGCAUCCGUCUUGAGGGAUAUGGAACGGUCCACUGACGGCGCUACGAAGAUGAGCAGAGCCACGCUGAAACGGAAGGAGAGUGAGAGACUACACGAGCGGCAGAGGAAAGGAUUGGAACCGGCUGUGAGAAGGCCGGAUGAUAGUGAUGAGAGCCAUGGGGAAGACAUGGAGGUUGAGGAUGAGGAGGAAGAAAGGGAAGAUGAUCCGUGGUAUGGCACUUCAUUACAUACGUUUAUGACGAGUCCGCGCAAGAAUAGGUCUCUGGUCGGGUUGGAGAGGAUUAGGUCCAAGACUAGAGCUGCGGCGGGGUUUGGGUCGGAAGUUGCGCUUGCAGCGAGGCCCGGCUCGUCGUCUUUACGUGCAGAUGCGCAGGUAGCAGGUGAUGAGCUGGCGAUCUCGUCGGGAGAGGACGAUGAUUUGGAGAUUGUAGAGACGAGGUCUUUACCACAGUCAGAAGUACGGGUGCGGACGAGUACAGUCAAGAGUGAGUCACCGGAAGUUAAUGUGAGGUCUGUUAUUCGAGGGAAUAUUGUCAAACGUCGAGAAGUUGCAUUCGACGACCAGCGGGCGACCACUACCAAGCCUCGCAAUCAGCAGCCCACUCAAAAGAAGGAAGAUGUCGGCCUCAAAACAAACCCACUGUUUCAGUCCAGAAAAGAGGCUUCUACCACAGCUACAAAGCCAUCUAAUUUCAAUAGAAAAAGACCGGAGCCUGAAAACCGAAGAGAAACGCCUGUCACAUCUGUUUCCAACGUGCUCCGGAAAAGAAGAUUUUUAGAUGAAUUGGACGAUGUUAUUCCACCGAUGAUUGAGGAAGACGACACUUCAGAAAAUAAAUAUAUAAUACAGGACCAGCCUCGAAAAGUAUUACCAACAUCCUCAACAGCAAAAGAAUCUCGUUCCACGUAUCGUACAACAUCCGAGCAAAAGCAACAGGAAAAGAUGACAAAAAGAUCGCGUAUCACUGAUAUUCCGACUUUUCUGGUGUGA